CCUUGACUCAAUUAGUAUUUACAAUUGGAGCGCUGAUAAAAAGUGAAUAAAAUUGUUGCAUCGCAGGCGAAAGUGGGAUCAAAUGGACACGGCACAGGAAGACGGGACCUGCACGGAUGUGUUUCUGGUCACGGCGAACGUUGGCAGCCUCUUCGAGGACCCGGAGCGGCUACUGCAGCUAUGGCUCCACGAAUUCCUCGCCAAGAUUGCGCACGUACAGCCCCGAUUCCUGGCCCUCCACCUCCAGGAAGUGGGCGGCAAGACGUACGAGAAGUCCAUGGAGUACGUCCAGGAGUUCAUCAGGUGCCUCUGCGAUGCCCCCGAAAUGGGCGACUUCACCUGCGUACACAUCUUCAUGGACGAGGACUUCAAGUCAGCCGAGCACUUUACGGCCCUUGGAAGUCUGUACUUUGUCCAUAAGGAUGUGGCUUCCUUGAAAAUAUGGAAUUUCCUAACCCACAGUUGGGAGGAAAGUCUUCAAGAUGUUAAGGACAAACAUAUCUAUUCCGGCAAUAUUGAAACCAUUGCCACCAAGGAAAAGUCCAAAUUCCCGCAGCAUUUCUUUCCGGAGUGUAAAUGGUCCCGAAAAGGUUUUAUGCGAACACGCUGGGAAAUCAAUGGCACCGUCAUCGAUCUAGUCAACAUUCACUUAUUCCACGAUGCUUCCAACUUGGCUGCAUGCGAAAACUUUCCUUCCGUUUAUUGUAAGACUCGCAGAAGAGCCUUAGUCCAUACCAUUGAAAGGUUCCAUUUGGAUGAGCAGAAUGGCACUGUGCCAUUUUUCCUGUUUGGGGAUUUUAAUUUUAGAUGUGACACUGAAGGCGUUGUGAAAGAAUUAACUGAAAACUUGACCCCUCAUCGCGUUCAAAAUGUCAAGAACGAGAACGAUAAGAUCCAUUAUCGCAACUCAACUGGAAACAACGUACUUACCGUUGGAAAAAAAGAAUUUAGUCAUGCCGACCAUCAACUUAAGUUCAAAGAAGACUGGCUGAAGAAGUUUGACAGAGAGCUGGAGCCACUUAAAGACGUCCUAGUCGAAUAUCCCAUUAAGUUCGUGCCGUCAUAUCCCUUCGAAGAAGACCCAGAAAUGCCCACCGACUACAUGUCCACCCGCUGCCCGGCCUGGUGCGACAGGAUUCUAAUGAGUCCCCAAGUCCAUGAGAUAAUUCGCAGCGAUGAUUGGACAUACGGAAUGAUUGGUGAAUCAGUCUGCAUGGGCGACCACAAGCCUGUUUGCUUAACUGUCCGUCUUAAACCAAACAAAGGUACUUAUAGAUCUUGUGAUUGCAACUACACGAAUACUUACGCCAAGCCCAACGCUAUCUCAACAUCACCGCUGCCCGCAGUCAAGCUGAAAUACUGUCCCUACUCAAACAAGCUCUUUGAGGAUAUAGCGACCAGUUCCCAGUUGAUCAAUGGCACGGAGGCUCGCAACGCGUACAAUUCCCUGAAGAUUAGUCAAGACGAGGAGGCGGGCAAAGCGACUUCCCCGAACUUCCCGAACAUUAGUAUUAACAUCACCGAUUCCGAUAACAUUUGCAUGUGCUUGUGCGCACACCUCUCCAGCAAUAGUCUGCUGCAGUUCGACGACUGCAGUCGAACUGGCGAAGCCAUCUGUCCCAUGUGCCGGAACAUAAUCAAAAGGCAGCCCGUGGCGCAUCGCUACAAACUGCUGUCCAAGCGUCUGAUGCUCUCGCAGGACAUCAUAAUUAACCGCAUAGAUACGCAGCACCUGAGCACGGACUCGGAGCGCCAGUACGAAGAUCCCUACACCCCGGAGAGCACCGAGUCGCACUCGCCGUAUCCGGAGGUCACCAGCUCGUGCACCUCCACCUCGAGCAGUUCGCGCAGUCCGCUGGAACGCAGAUUAGCGCCAGACAGGAUAGCAGAGGGCAAACCUAGCGAUUCGGAUAUAUCGCCCUGCCCCGAGGUGGCCAAUCCGGUUGCGGAGAAACCCUCCAGGGGCACCGUAACCCCCGGCCAGCUGAAAUCCCGGCUGGAGAACCUAAAGCGCUUAUCCAUCAAAGACGAGGUCGAGGACGAGGGCACAGUUGACGAGGCGGGAGCGGGUGAUGUUGAUCCAGUUGAUGCUGUUUGCUCCCCUAACGCUGCUGCAACGCGCCCAAAACGCAGCUCUAGUGUUAUUCCUAUGUGUUGCCCUGCGGAUCCCACUGGUGCUGCCCAGUUGCCGGAGAGUUUGGCAAACUUGGUGAAUCAAGCGCUGAACGACGACAGCCUGUGGAUGGAGCAGUCCGUGGUGGACGACUCGAGUGCUUCGAACAGCUCCGUGGCCAAGUCGCGCUACAUCUUGAUGAAGAAGGGAGCCACCAGUCCGUGCAAGGAGGCCCCCGACGAAGCCGGCGCUUUGGCCAUCAAGAGCGACGGUCUCGACACCGAAAGUGCAAUGCUGCUGAAGGAAACUACCGUCUAAGAGCUUCGGAUCUAUCAAUUUACGCCAGCUGAGCCAAUAACUUGUAACGUGUGGUUUUGUGUUAUGUACCUGUUAUGUUAAACGCGUCCAAUACGAGCUAUUUAUUUGUCACACCGCCAAGACAUGUGGGAGAAGCAGUCGCAGUAAUAAAAUAUACAUACGUGGUAGAUGCA